GUUGAAGCUCGUCAUUUGGUUUCCUUAUACAUUACUUCUCUUAUUCUCAUUUCUUCUCUGCGCUUCCGCCGUCUCUUUUUCCUUUUGGACACAGUUUUUUUGGAUUUACUGCGCUACGCAAGCAAACACAGCCAACCAGCCACGGAAAACAUGUCUGUGUCCGGCAAGAAGUCCUCGAGGAGCUCAUCCGCCGCCGCCGCCUACCCGGUGGAGGAAGAGGCGCAUCACAACGAGGAGUACCCGGUGGAGGAAAAGGUGAACCACGAGGAGGAGGGGUACCCGGUGGAAGAGGUGAACCACGAGGAGGAGGAGGCGCCCGUUGCGAAAGGAACCGUUGCCGAGAUGAUCGACGCUCCCGCCGUCAACGCGCCGGCCUCGCAGUCCUCCGAGGAGCUGGAGAAGGAGUACCACCGCCUGAAGGCCGAGGUGAAAGCCGCGCGUGCCCGCCGGGAUGCCCGUGUGGAGGAGGUGACGCAUGGGGAGGCGAUGCCCUCCCUCGAGGAGCUCCGCGACGAGCGGGUGCGCCUGACGGAGCAGGUGCGGCACCACAAGGAUGAGCAGGACUCGCUGGCUCUUGACAUCGAGGGCCAGGAGGGCGCCGCCGAGGUGUACCAGACAGCCGCGCGCGUGCAGCGCCUGGAGCAUUUCGCGACGCGCGCCGAGGAGUUCGCGGAGAAAACGCUGCCGGCGGAGAUUGAGAAGACGGUGGAUGAGGACCGCCACCAGUCCAACGCGGAGCUCUGCGCCUACAUCCAGGAGCUCCAGAACAAGCGCUCCGCUGUCCUCAAGAAGGUGGUGGCCUCGCAGGAGAACCAGAAGAAGAAGAGCCAGCGGAGCCAGACCUCCCAGAAGAACGCCGCCGAGGAGAGUCCGGAGGAGAAGAAGGCCAUUGACCACACGAACGAAAACAAAGACGAAGCGGUCGUGCUGCAGAACAAGAUCCGCAAGUUCCGUUCCAUGAAGACGAAGCUGCAGAGCGACAUCGUGAAGGAGAGGGCUGACAGCAAGAAGAUGGAGGAGCGUAUGAGCACCCGCAUGCGUGCCGCCGAGCUGGCCAAUGCCCGUGACGCCCGCCAGUGCAAGGAGAUGAACGACCGCAACGCGGCGGUCACGACGAACUCGCAGCUCCUCAUGGACCAGCUGAACGUGGAGCACUACGGCAUGGACAACGCGCCAACGACGAAGCAGCUGCUGCAGGACCGCCAGGAGCGCGAGGCGACGCCGCCGCCGACGCCGGCCAAUGAGCGUCCCUACGGCCGCCACGGGUCUGGCGCGUCGGUCGGCUCGAAGCAGUCCCACACAAACUCCGUCAACUCACGCCAGCACGCCGGCAAGCCGCCGAUGGUUGCGCUGAAGCGCACCGAAUCGCAGACGAACCGCGACAACGCCAUCCGCGAGGAGGUGUCAGCGUCGCGCCGCCGUGACAGCGACGCCGCCAGCUACCAAUCCUCGCGUCGCCAGUCGCUGUCGAAGCCCCCGCUCGUCGCCUCGAAGCCGACGGCGUCCCAACAGAGCCGCGACAACGCCAUCCGCGAGGAACGCGAGCGCGAGCGUGAGGAGGCCUCCGUCUCGCGCCACCGUCAGCGCAGCGACUCCAUUGCCUCUGAUGGCCACGUGCCGUCUGUGGCCGCCAAGUCCACCGCGUCUCAGCGCAGCCGCGAGGGCAAGCAGUGA